AUGGCGUUACACAUCCAAAGUCGAAACUUGAAGGGGCUUGGACGCUUCCUGCUCAAUUCCAGUAAAUUGUCUUACACCAGGAUUUGCUCAUAUUAUCAUCAGCAACAAAUUUUGAAACAAGUUGAAGACAAUGACAUCAACCCUAACCUCUCCCCUCUGGAGGCACUUCAUGAAAAGGUCAUGCGAGGCGAACUUGACCAUGAUGACCACCAAACGAAGGUCAUGCAAUCCUUAGAAAACGUCUACAAUGACAUUAAAAACUAUCAACCAGCUGAAUCUUCAGUGUUUGACAGAUGGUUUGGGAAAGAGAAGAAAGUGCUGGCUCCCAAAGGCCUUUACUUGUAUGGUGCUGUUGGUGGAGGCAAGACUAUGCUCAUGGAUGUUUUCUAUGGUUGCUGUCAAAUUGAUGGAAAGCGACGAGUGCACUUUAAUGCUUUCAUGCAAGAUGUGCAUGCCCGCAUUCAUGAUGUGAAGAAGCAUGUUGUGCGCGACCACUCAAGCACAAAGCCUCAGCCAUUUGAUCCUAUUCGACCUGUCGCACGAUCGAUUUCGAACCAGUCAUGGCUUAUUUGUUUUGAUGAGUUCCAGGUCACAGACAUUGGUGAUGCCAUGAUUCUGAAACGUCUCUUUACGGAACUUUUCAACAACGGUGUGAUUGUGGUGGCUACCAGCAACAGAGCUCCUGAUGAUCUUUACAAGAAUGGCUUGCAACGUUCAAAUUUUGUUCCAUUUAUCCAGGUCCUAAAGGACCACUGCAAUGUUUUAAGCUUAACUUCAGGCAUUGACUACAGGCUAAAAUCUACUCCAGGAAAAGAAAAGAACUUCUUUGUAAAAACUGAAUGCAAUGCCAAUGCUGAGAUGGACAACAUUUUCAAAUAUUUAUGUUCCAUGGAAAAUGAUAUCAUCCGUCCAAGAACACUAAGUAUAAUGGGCCGAAAUGUUCAAUUUAAUAAAACCUGUGGACAAGUUCUGGACUGUACUUUUGCAGAAUUAUGUGAAAGGGCUCUUGGUGCUAGUGACUACUUGCAGCUCUCUCAGGCAUUCCAUACAAUCUUCAUUCGUGACAUCCCUCAACUCAGUUUGAAAAAAAAAUCUGAAGCUCGGAGAUUUAUCAUGCUGAUUGAUACACUCUAUGACCACAGAGUGCGCAUUGUUGUGAGUUCAGAUGCCCCCUUGAAAUCGAUGUUUGUAUCUGAUGCUUCAAGUGAUGUAGAUGAUGAGUCCCGACUUCUCAUGGAUGACUUGGGAAUUUCCAAAGGAUCUGAAAAUGCUUCUGCCAACAUUUUCACUGGUCAUGAAGAAAUGUUUGCAUUUGACAGGACAAUUUCCCGUUUAAGCGAAAUGCAGUCAGCAGAGUACUGGGAAAUGUGGGAGAAACAACGAUAAACAGAGUUGGUUGUUUUAAAAUAAAAUAUUUCUACAUCAGCAUAGUAUUAACUCCCUGUUAUUGUUUUAUAGACCCUAACUUUGUAUAUAUGUCUUGUACAAAGAAAUCUGUGAUCUAGAUAGGCAUUGUAUAAUUAUUGUUCCAUUGUCCUCUGAACUAUGUAAACAUGUUUGUGUUUUAGGUUAACUUGAUGAGCUAAUGUCAGAUUACCAUCAAGUCCACUAUUUUAAUUAUUUGUUUUUAAAUCUUUACACUAUUGCAAUUAACAUGGCUAUGGCAAAUUUUUGUACCAUAUGUGCAGUUAAAUUGAGUAGUUGUCCUCUGAUUAACAAUAAAAGUUCCAAGGAAAAAUAGUGACUAACACUUUCCUCCAUGCAACCAAGAAAGAACUAAGCAAAUUGAGUCAAGUUGGACUCCUUUUUUGUUUGCUUUAAAAAUGAAUAAAGAUACUGUAAAUAAUUUUCUA